AUGCACAGUUCGAAGGUCCAGGAGCUGGAAAACCGCGUCGCGGCUGCUUUGAGGGCAGCCUACGACCGAUCAGCCCGCAUCAAGGAGCUGGAAGAUACUAUCGAGUCGGGCAAGGAGCGCGAGAUUCGCAUCCAGCAGCUUGAAGAGGUGCUGCACGACACCCUUGAAGAGGCCGAGGCACGAGCCGAGCGCAUCGAGGCAAGGAUUGCGGGGCAGUUGAGUGCGGUUCGUGGAGCUGGGCCUCUGCGAGCCUUUGCCGCACAGGCUUUGGAGUGGCAACUUGACUCAAAGGACGGAGUCUCGGAUCCGGCCGCAACUGCCCUGCUGCAGGACGCGAUGGACUUCGCGGAUGAACUCCUCGAGCAGCACUCCGACAUGUGGACAGAAGAUGACAGCGCGGCCCAACUCAGAGAAGCCGUGCAGGCUGUCCAGAAAUCGAAGCCCGGGAUCGACUCGGAGGUUGCCGAGCUGAUCCGACAGCUUGUCACGGCGCUGCGCUGGCCCGUGGUGCUGCGUGAGCGCCUCGCGGAUGCGGAGGCCGCAGUGAAAGAACAGGAGGAGAUCCAAGAGCAAGCCCUCCGCGAAAUCGUGGACCUGCAGAAGAAGUGUGACACACUGGAGUCCGAGUCGCAAGAGCACCAGGAGGCACUCAAGCGUGCCCAAGAGCAGAAGGCGCUCACGGAGGCGGAGCAUGAGCAGGAGCUGCAGAAGCUCAAGGAACGGGAAGAGGAGGCAGAGAAGAAGCGCCAUGAAGCCGAGGAGAAGGCCCAGGAACUUCGUGAGCUGCUCGACUACGCGGACCAGGCAGCAGAGGAGGCCAUCCGACGCAAGCGCGAAGAGCUGGAGAAGGCUCAUGCGGAGGAACUGUCCCAACUCCGGCAGCUGACGGAAGUGGCAGAUGCCCAACAAAAAGAAGCACACGACAAGGCCGUGGAGCUGCAUCAAAAACUUCAAGCCGCAGAGGCGGCCAUCGAUGCGAAAGCAGAGAAGGAGAAGGAGCGGCUCAGCGCCCAGCACGACGAGGAGAUCGCCAGCCUGAAGCUGCAGAUCGCUUGCGCGGAACAACAGCGCGACCGAGCCCGAGAGCAGGCUUUGAGCCUGAACCAGCAGUUGGAGGACUCGCAGGUGCAGACCGAUGAGCUCGCACAGCUCCGCGAGGCCUUGGAGGAGGCGCAGAGGACGUCGGCGUUCGACAAGGACGCGCUGCAGCAGCGGGAGCAGCAGGAGCGAUCCUACCUGGAAGAGCUUGAGCAGCUGAAGCGCAACCGCGAAGCCACCGACAAGCGCCGGGCAGAGGCAGAGGGUGACCUGAGUGAACUGCGAGAGAUGCUGGCUUCGGCGCAGAAGCGAAACGAUGAGGCUGGGGAAACUCAGAAGGAGCAAGCAACGCGGCACGCCAUGGAGGUUCGGGGCUUGCAAACGCGUUGCGAGACGGCGGAGGUUCAGGAGCAGCUGGCUGAAGCCAAGGCCCAGAAGCUCAAGGAGAGGUUGGUGACCGAGCUCCAGGCCGCAGACGAAGCAGGGAGCAAGCAGCAAAAGCAACUGGAGAAGGAGCGCGAGAAGGAGCUAGAGGAUGUCCGACAGCAGCAGCGCGAGGCGGAAACAGACCGGAAGGCUGCCGACGCGCGGGCAGAGGCGCAGCGUGUCGAAGUUUGGCACUGCCCCGAGUUGAAAAAGAAGCUCGAGGAGGCGGAGCGGCGAGCAUUUGAGGCGGCGCACCACCAGAAAGCCAAUGUGGAUGCUGCGAAAGAGGAGGAGAUAUGCAAGCUACGACAACAAAUGGAGACUGCCGAGGAAAAGGCGGACAAGACGGAGGCCCAGGCCAGCCAACUCAGGGAGAAGCUUGCUAUGGCGGAGGUGUCGCUAAGCGAGGAGGCACAACGGCGAAUCGACCUGAUUGAGCAAGAGUGGGGCACGUUGUUGUGCGUGCUCUCGUUCUCCUUGGAAAAACGUGUUUUGGAGACGGUGGACGAUGCGGCCACUCGCUGGAAGACUACCGCAGACCAGGCUCCUUUGGCAACAAAGACCUCGGUUGACCGAGUCCUUUCAGGAGACCGAGGAAAGAGCUCCCUGGCAGAGCCGCUUUCCGAGGCCAGUGAGCGCCUCGCGCAUCGGGACUUUCAGUCUGACUUUGGCGACAAGGACUUCGCAGUUUUGCCAGCUCUGGAUCGCGAGAUCGACAAGCGCUUGCUAAGCGCGGAGAAGAUUUUGCAGAAGAGUGCCGAGGCUUUGGCUUUGCUUGUGCUUCGGUUCCAGCCGGAGAGGGCAGCAAUGCGGCUGCUGCAGCCGAAAAGGCACCGCCUCAGCCCCUGCCUCAGUGACACAGCUGGCCCCGGCAAGCUGAACACGAACGGCAAAGAAGGGCCUGACCAAGAGGGUUUUGGCGGAAUCCGAGCAAGUGACUUCCUGCUUCAGCAGGAGAUCGGGCUAGCCUUCAAAGAUUGCCGGGCGCCGGGGGAAGAAAGGCACCCGAUGAGAGCGCAGUUAGGACAUCCGGAAGAUAUGCUCCAGGUUUGCCGGUUGAUCUUGGAGUGGGGCUACAAUCCAACUUGGAACCAUGGCGAUGUCGAACGUGUUCUCGGUGGUAUCCGGCAGCAUGUCUUGCAAGCGUUGAACAUUCGAGAGUUUUUCCGUGUCGACGAGGCAGCAACCUUGCAGGAAUGGACUGCUGCUGAGAAUGCAAGCGACAGGAUGCCGCACCAAGAGUGUUACGAGGCUCUCAGGAACAGUCUGCUUCCAACGCUGGGGCACAAACGUAGCGGUGCCGUGAUCCCUGGUGAUGUGUCACGAGCCUGCUGCGCUGACUUGGGCAGCCUCAAGAGCCACAUCGCUCGCCUUCAGCAGGACCUUGGGAAUCAUUACGCGGCCUUGGAAGGUGAUGUGCUCAACUCGCUUCGAGGGGCCAUUACAUACGAAAGGCUGGAGAUGCGCAAGGGCCCUGUGGGCGAUGGCGACAUGGCCCUGGUGGAGCCCUACUUCCGCCGAAUUAAGCUGACUCCAAGUGCAGCAGAGCGGCUUGGGUACGACACUGACAUUGUAGCACACAAUGGAUGGGUUAUGGAUUGGCCUGCCACGGAGGACUUUGCCAUGCCUUCCUGGCGGAUGGUGUACUUGCGCCGGCACCUGUGUGUGUGGACUGACACAGUGAAGCUGUACUAUGGCCAAUGCCGGCAGGACGCUCCAUUCCUGUGGGACUUCAUGACAGACUAUGCGGUGGGAAUGGCAAAGAUGUUCCAUGCUAUUCGUUUGGACAAUGCGCACUCAACUCCGCUACAUGUCAGUCGGCACGUCCUGUCCCGUGUUCGGGAGGCCAAUCCACAUUGCUGGGUCUUUGCCGAGCUGUUUACGGGGAACUUCAAAACAGAUCUCCUGUAUCAGCGGACUCUGGGCAUCAAUGCGCUGAUCCGUGAGGCCAUGCAGUGCGACAGCCCUCAUGAUCUUGGCUACAAGCUGGAGAGCCCACUGUGGAACGGCCAUCCGGUCGGAGCCCUGUCGCCAGUUCCGACGCUGGACCGGGCUCCACCCACCGCCGAACAGAAGCACAUCAGCAAGUGCCCAUCGCGAUCCCUGCUCGCUGCACCAGCAAGAGAGGCACUGCCGCUUCUCCCACGCCACUGUCCUGCGCUCCUCUUCGAUUGUACGCAUGACAACCAGACGCCUGCCCAAAAGCGUCAUCCAAGGGAUGCUUUGCCCAACGCGGCCAUCGUUGCGGCCAGCUGUGCGAGUGCUGGCAGCGUCCGUGGCUACGACGACCUGUUCCCUUCGAAUCCGUCUGUGGUGAACGAGCGCAGGCUGUACGCGCAAGCGCCCCAUGCGGAAGCUGUGGAGAUAAGUGGUUUCGAGCUCGCAACAAAGCCCUCCCGAGCGGAUGUGCCCGAGUUCGAGAAGGAGUUCGAAAUCAUUUGGCAUGAACCUGCCUCGAAAGUCGUCGCACGCGGUGCGUGGGACGGCUGGCGGGAGGACCUGACCUUCCAAAAAGCAUCAAACGGACAGUGGAGUGCGAAGUUGAAAGUGGAGGUUAGCAAGCUGCCCAUGCAGUACAAGUUUAUUGUCGAUGACACCUGGACGAUCAACAGGAAGCUUCCCCUAGCCCAGGACGAACACGGCAACGAAAACAACGUUUUGAGCACACCGGGUGCAGCCCCAACCUCGGGGAGUUCCAUCUCUGGGCCGGAUGUGUUGGUCAACAACCUUCCCGGCAUUCUGCUGGUUAAACAGGUUCUCAACAGGCUCCACACCCGUCUUGGUCGUGAUGGAUACACCGAGAUCGGCGUUCACUUCUUGGCUGACGACACGCUGGCCAUCGAGAGGCGGUCACCCGACAACGGACACUCGGUCUGGUUUGUCGUCCGCUCCGCUUUCUGGAGAGAUCGCAUGGGUGACGGCUUGCCUGCUGGCACUCAAGAAUUGGAGGUGGACGGAACCAUUGCGCACUUGCACGUCGCUGCAACUCUGUUUGUCGGAGAUCAGCAUGAAAAUGGCUAUCGUCGUGACAGCGAGCGGGUGACAGGAAUGGAUUGCUUUCUGCACGUGUACGGCUCUGUCCACGAAGUCGCGACUGUGUGGACGCAAGGAAGCAAUUCUCGACUCCGCCUGCAUCGAUUCCCUCCUGGCAGCAUUCUCGUGUUCGGCACAGAUGUUUCAAAGACACAAGCAAGACAGAAGGCCGUCAUGAACUUGCUGGCUGCAGAGCAAAUCUCGCGACCAUUGCAAGGUCUGGGCUUGCAUCAGCUCAACUACUUGUUGUAUUCUUGUGAAGCCGAAGAGCGGGACCGCUCGGAUGGCGAGCGAGGUGCCUACGAUAUUCCUGGCUUUGGUCCUUUCGCUUACUGCGGCAUCAUGGGAGUCUGCACGGCCUUGGAUGAGGCCAGGAGGCAGCACACGGAGUCUGAACUCCUUACAAGCCCCGUCUUGGAGAACGUCCGGCAGGGUGAUUGGCUAAUCGCCUGUUUGACCCAACGUCUCGUACACAUGCCCGGGCUCGGUAUGGUGAAGGAGUGGCUGGAGAAAGCUGCUGGAAUCCUCCACAGCUGCCCUCGGAAGCUUGCCCCGUUCUAUUUUGACCUCCUUGUGCCGGGGCUUUGUGCUGCAGCCAGCAAGGAGCUUCUGGACGUGUCCUCCGACUUCGUGUCAGCUUUCCAUGGAGCCUCAGAUUUGAUUCGAGACGUGGCGCUGGCAACCUCCCAGUUCUGGGGCGCCACAAAAUCUGCACCGCUGAACUGGGACCUGGCACAACGCAAUGGUUGGCACAAAGUGCCCUCGCUCUGCGCCGGUCUCCCUCACUUCGCAGCAGGCUUUAUGCGAAACUGGGGCCGGGACACCUUCAUCGCACUGAAGGGUUGCCUGCUGGUGACAGGGCACUUCCAGGAGGCUCGGGACACUCUGCUGGUCUAUGCAAGCGUCAUUCGCCAUGGCCUUUGUCCUAACCUCCUGGAUGCGGCCAACCGCCCGCGCUACAAUGCUCGAGACGCGACCUGGUUCUUUAUGCAGGCAAUUCAGGACUAUGUGGCGGAGUCACCGGAGGGCGAGAGCUUCCUUGCCGCCCCGGUCAGCUUGAAGUGGCCUGUGAAGGACUGGGACCCAGAUCUUGCACACAUGGAGGUGAAGACGAUCGCCGACUUAAUCCAUUUGAUCUUCUCGGCGCAUGCGAAGGGCAUCAACUUCCGCGAGUGGGGGGCAGGACGAGGUCCUGAUGCUGGAAAAGGAAUCGAUGAUGACAUGAGCGAGUGGGGCUUCGAUGUCAGCGUAAGGCUUGACGAGAAGACCGGCCUCAUCUUCGGAGGGAGUGAGCACAACUGCGGCACGUGGAUGGACAAGAUGGGCUCUUCGGCCAAGGCCGGCAACAAAGGGAAACCUGCCACGCCUCGUGAUGGAGCAGCGGUGGAGAUUGUCGGUCUCCUCAAAUCAGCUCUUCGAUGGCUCUCUGGCUUGAGCAGAGAUGUCUUCCCCUAUGAGGCGGUAAAGACAGCUUCCGGUCAGCCGCUGAUGUACAAAGACUGGGAUAGCAGGCUCUCAGAAAACUUCGAACGCCUGUUCUGGAUUAGCCCGGACGAGAAAACAAGCGCACCGGUGGCUGGUAUCUACCGCGACACGGUCGGAGCCACGCGCAAGUGGCAAGAUUACCAGCUUCGACCGAACUUUUGCAUCGCUAUGACAGUGGCACCAGAGCUUUUCAUGCCUGAGCAUGCGAACACCGCGCUGCAGGUUGUUGCAAGCCGACUGGUUGGCCCCCUGGGCAUGUGCACACUUGACCCAGCCGACAAGGAGUACCAUGGAGAUUAUCACAACGACAACGACUCGAGCGACCAGUCCAUCGCCCAUGGCUGGAAUUACCAUCAAGGUCCUGAGUGGGUGUGGCCGCUAGGAUUCUUUCUCGAGGCAUGGAACCACUUCGGUUCUCUGGAUACUUCUUCGUCCGCGCCAGCGCGCUAUGCAAUGCAAUGGCUUCUGCCACAUCGGGAGAUGCUCCGAAAAGCGCCAUGGCGCUCGCUACCAGAGCUCACAAACAGCAGCGGCCAGCAUUGUCACCACUCCUGCCCUGCGCAGGCCUGGAGCCUCGCGACACUGCUGAGCGCACUUCGGAGAAUGACGUUUCAGGUGGCCUAA